GAUAAUACUGAACAAUAACUUAUUGACUAAUAAGAAUUUUAUAAAAGUAAUCAUCAUAUAAUUAAGAGUACUUUGUUAGUCAUAGUUCAUGUAACUAUUUUUUUGCGCUUGCGUGUCAUAUUAUACGUGCCUAAAGAAUUACUUAAAUUAUUGUUCAUAUUUUUUAUCAGUACUUGAUAAACUUCAUAUAUUCAAUAAUAUCUUAAUAUUACGACUUUAAGUUACACGGUAUAAUCGUAUUUCAUUUAAGAUCAUAAUGUCGUUGUAUCCAUCUUUAGAAGAUUUAAAAUUGAGUGAAUUAGCAAGAGCUCAGUUAGAAGUUCAAAACCAGAAUGAAAAUCCUUCAUACAUGGCAAUAUGUCCUUCCCAUCCUUCAGGUAUGGAUCAACAAUCACUUAAUGCUCUCUAUCCAGUUUUAAAGGAUUAUAUGGGAAUGGAAUUGGAAACUUUAGCUAAAAAUAGUGUAACUGUGUCUGGACUAUCUCCUUCUGCUCAAGUAACGAAUGGUGUACGUAAAUUAAUAUUGUGCAAAGAUGGUAAAGGGCAAAUAGGACUUAAAUUAUCUGCUAUAAAUAAUGGUAUUUUUGUGAGUGUUAUUGUUAAGGAUAGUCCUGCUUCUAUUGCUGGUUUAAGAUUUGGUGACCAAGUUUUGCAAAUAAAUGAGACAUUUGUUGCAGGCAUGAGUGUUGAUAAAGUACAUAAAAUGUUUAAAAAUUGCCCAUCAAACAAUAUUAAUGUUAUCAUUAGGGAUAGACCUUUAGAGAGAUCUAUUAUGCUAUACAAAGAUCGAGCUGGUAAAGUUGGAUUCCAGUUUAAAAAUGGAAAGAUUAAUGCUAUUGUCAAAGAUUCAUCUGCAGCUCGCAAUGGAGUUCUUACUGAUCAUCAACUUCUAGAAAUAAAUGGACAGAAUGUAGUGGGAAUGAAAGAUAAAGAUGUAAAUGAAAUUAUAUCAAAGACUCCUGACACAAUCACAAUUACAAUUAUUCCAGUUUCAAUUUACGAACACAUGAUUAAAAAUAUUUCACCAUCAUUAAUUAAAAAUAUCAUGGAUCAUUCUGCAAUAUAAAUAAAUAUUUAUCAUGAAAAUACUUACAAGUAUUUUUACCAGGAUUUAGAAUUAUUUGAACUAUAAUUUAUUCCCUAGUUAUAUUAAUUUAAGUUACAAUUUAUUGAAAUUAUUAUUUUUUAUUCAUUGUUUCAUAUUUUCUUAUACAAAUUAGAAAUAAUAUUUUAAGAUUGGUAGUUAUAUUGGUUUUCUUAUAAUUAUAUUUCUUUUUGUGCAAGAUCCAGGACACACAAAUUUAUUAUGUUUAAUUUUGUACUGUUAUAUAAUUUUUUUUUUGUUUGCGUUACAGCAAUUAUACAUCAAAUAUUCAAACUGUGCAAUUUUAUUAUAAAAAUAUUGUAUUUGUUUUUAAAUUUUGGAAAGACUUAUUUUAUAUUCUAUUUCUGUUAUUUAUAUUUUGAUGAACAAAAGUAUACAUUUUUUUUUAAUGAACAUAUUUUAAUUUUUUAUACUUUUAUUUUUAAUUUAAAUAUCCAUAUAUAUUUGUAGUUUAUUUUCCUGAUUAUUUUGAUCUAAUAAAUGUUAUUUGGUUUUUAUUAUUUUUUGAAAAAUAUAGUAUGUGUGAAAUUAUUGAUUUUUUUUACAGAAGCACAUGUUUUUUUAAAUUAAUUUUGUUCUACAAAUAGAGCAAAUAGGUAAACAUACGCGACAUAAUAUCGCAAAUAAAGUGUAAUGUUUUAAAUAAACUGUAAAUUAAAAUUUUUACAAAUUUCAUUUCUAUGUUACUAUUUUUUAUUUUUUGUAAGAUAAAUGCAGAAUAUUACAUAAAUAUAGAUAAUCUUAAAACAAAGAUAAUAGUGAUAAAGCAAAAGUGAAAGUGAUCAAAUACAAUAGAGAUUGGGUUACUAUUUCUAUGAAUAUAAGAAAAAAUUUAAAUAAAAAUAAUUUUCUUUGGAUAUAAUAAACUUUGAAUAAAACA